AUGCGAUUAAUAUCAGUUUUCUGCGUCGCCCUCGUCUUCAGUUGUUGGGGAGCACAGGAGUCGGAAGAUUCAGCUCGUUGCCAGCUUUCAGAAAAGUACCCACAUGCCUAUACUCUGUUCAAAUUGGGUCUCACCACGAAAAUGACAGGAUUUAUCCCAAAAAAAGUGAUCAAAAAGCCGCCGGCUAUCGACGACUCGGCAUUCCAUAGGCGACGAGCGCUGGAUUCGGAGGACGGGGGGCAGGUUAUUGCGGAUCCGGACGCCGAUGGAGACCCACAUGGGAGACUUGCGACGUGGAUUCGAUCUCAUGCUAGACACCAUAUACCUCUCAAACAUCCACACACCAGAAUAGACGUCUUCAUAUCCGCCGGGUUGUAUCAGAUUGUGGAUUUGGACCAACGCAACAAUUUGGCUACAGUAUCCGCCUACUUUGAUGUUCAUUGGAAUGACGAUUUUAUCAAAUGGAAACCCGAGAUUUUCGGAGGAAUCGAACGAAUAUUUGUGCCGAUUAAAUGGAUAUGGAAACCCGAAUUUUAUAUGUAUCACUCGGUGUAUGGAAGGGUCCCAGAUUAUGCGAUGGAUGCGUCCGCCGAGUUGCAUUUCAAUGGUAGAUCAGAAAUUUUAUAA